AAUUACAGUUCAGUCUGUCGGCUGUCGGCUACAAAGUUUUAAGAAAACUGUCGAUUUAUUGGUGCAACAAUUUUGCUUUGAAUAGAAAGAAGGAAAGAAUGGCGGGGGCGGGGAAGAAGGGGGGGAAGGCGAUAGGGAUCGACCUGGGGACGACGUACAGCUGCGUGGGGGUGUGGCUGCACGACAGGGUGGAGAUCGUGCCGAACGACCAGGGGAACCGGACGACGCCAUCGUACGUGGCGUUCACGGAGACGGAGCGGCUGGUGGGGGACGCGGCGAAGAACCAGGCGGCGAUGAACCCGCACAACACGGUGUUCGACGUGAAGCGGCUGAUCGGGCGGCGGUGCUCGGACCCGUCGGUGCAGAGCGACAUGAAGCUCUGGCCGUUCAGGGUGGUGGCCGGGCCCGGCGACAAGCCGCUCAUCGUCGUCGCGUAUAAGGGGGAGGAGAAGCGGUUCACGCCGGAGGAGGUCUCGGCCAUGGUGCUCGCCAAGAUGCGCGAGAUCGCCGAGGCCUUCCUCGGCCACCCCGUCGACGACGCCGUCGUCACCUGCCCCGCCUACUUCAACGACUCCCAGCGCCAGGCGACGAAGGACGCGGGGACGAUCGCGGGGCUGAAUGUGAUCCGGAUGAUCAACGAGCCAACGGCGGCCGCCAUCGCCUAUGGCCUGGACAAGAAGGCGGGGGGCCGUGCUGCGGAGCGCAACGUGCUGAUCUUCGACCUGGGCGGCGGCACGUUCGACGUGUCGCUGCUGACGAUCGAGGAGGGGAUCUUCGAGGUGAAGGCGACGGCCGGGGACACGCACCUGGGCGGCGAGGACUUCGACAACCGCCUGGUGAACCACUGCGUGGGCGAGUUCAAGCGCAAGCACAAGAAGGACAUAUCGGGGAACGCCCGCGCGCUGCGGCGCCUGCGGACCGCCUGCGAAAGGGCGAAGCGGGCGCUGUCGUCGACGACGCAGACCACGAUCGAGGUCGACUCCCUGUACGAGGGGAUCGACUUCUACUGCACUGUAACCCGAGCCCGGUUCGAGGAGCUCUGCAUGGAUCUCUUCCUCCGUUGCAUGGAGCCCGUCGAGAAGUGCCUCCGCGAUGCUAAGAUUGACAAGGGCCAGGUGCACGAUGUGGUGCUCGUCGGCGGGUCGACGCGGAUCCCGAAGGUGCAGCAGCUGCUGCAGGACUUCUUCAACGGGAAGGAGCUCUGCAAGAGCAUCAACCCGGACGAGGCCGUCGCGUACGGUGCCGCUGUGCAGGCCGCAAUCCUGAGCGGCGAGGCCCACGAGAAGGUGCAGGACCUCCUGCUCCUCGACGUCACCCCGCUCAGCCUUGGCAUCGAGACCGCGGGCGGCGUCAUGACCACUCUCAUACCACGGAACACGACGAUCCCGACGAAAAAGGAGCAGGUCUUCUCGACCUACGCCGACAACCAGACCAGCGUGCUCAUUCAGGUGUACGAGGGUGAGCGUGCGCAGACCAAGGACAAUAACCUCCUCGGCAAGUUCGAGCUCAAGGGGAUCCCCCCCGCGCCGCGCGGCGUGCCGCAGAUCCUCGUGACCUUUGACAUCGACGCCAACGGGAUCCUGCACGUGUCGGCCGAGGACAAGACGGCCGGGGUGAAGAACCAGAUCACGAUCACCAACGACAAGGGGCGGCUGAGCAAGGAGGAGAUCGAGAGGCUGGUGCGGGAGGCCGAGAAGUUCAAGGCGGAGGACGAGGAGGUGAAGCGGAAGGUGGAGGCGAAGAACUCGCUGGAGAACUACGCGUACAACAUGCGGAACACGGUGCGGGACGAGAAGAUCAAGGCGAAGCUGCCGGAGGCGGACCGACAGAAGAUCGAGAAGGCGGUGGAGGACACGAUCACCUGGCUCGACUCGAACCAGCUCGCAGAGGUCGACGAGUUCGAGCACAAGCUGAAGGAGCUGGAGGAGGUCUGCAAUCCUAUCAUAUCGAGAAUGUAUCAGGACGGCGGCGGUGCCGGGCCGGCCGGGAUGGGCGCCGAUGGGUAUGGCGGCAGCGGCGGUGGCGGCAGCGGAGGCGGAGGCUCCGGUGCCGGCCCAAAGAUAGAAGAGGUGGAUUAAUAGCUUUUGAAGCAGAAGUGUUAGUGUUACUUCAAAUACAAUGCAUUACAAUGACUAGGGUCUAUGGUGAAAUAUAAUGUGUGAUGUUUUGGUUUUUUUUUUUUUUUUUUGUAAGUUUUUCUUUUACUGUGUAGCUCUUGUGUGUGUGUGUGUAUACUGCAUAAUAAGCUUUUGGUAUGUAGGUGCUUUUUGAUUAGUGGAGGGAAAGUAU